UGCUCUAUUCGUCUGGCAGAGAGAAGAAAUGCCGAGUGCUCUGCAAUUCCAAGCUUCACGCCCAAGCACCGUAGCUCCACUCACGAGGCAAACUUUUUCCGCCAACGUUCGCUCACACCGUAGUCUCUCAUUCACGAAACUUUCUCCCCUUCCCCAACCUCUGUGCUCCUUCACCGUACAACCCUCACAUCACACCUCCGCAGUCGGAUCUCCGUCGCUCCAACACUGGAACCUCACCAGCCGCCACGUCACCGUUCUCAACGUCUUUGCCUGCGCGACGGCGGUAUGUACAACGUGGCUAUUUUUCUCCGCGAUUCCCACGCUCCUGGCUUUCAAGAAAGCAGCGGAAUCGAUGGAGAAGCUGAUGGAUGCCACGAGGGAGGAACUUCCCAACACCAUGGCCGCUAUUCGAUUAUCCGGCAUGGAAAUCAGUGACUUAACCACAGAGCUCAGUGAUAUAGGCCAAGAGAUUACCCAAGGUGUUCGGAGCUCAACUCGUGCAGUUCGUUUGGCGGAGGAGAGGCUUCGCCGUUUGACUACUGUGCCUUCUUCAGCUUCGUUGCAGGGAACAAUCAAUUCGAAAGCCGAGGAUUGUGAUGAGCCUGCGGUGGCCAGAACAGCAAGGGGCGUGAGAGAGGGUAUUGUCAAGGGCCGUGCUAUGUUGCAAAUGUUUUUCACCUUCACCCAAUUUUCAAGGUUUGCCCUCAAAUUUAUCUCUGGUCGUAGAAAAUUAUCAAGCUAGCAUCUUUCUUGCCUUGGAAGCCAACAACACUGUACACUGGCUUUAUCUUGGGAAAAAAACAGUUUUGAUACACUUACACAUAUUUGACACAUGUAUUCUUAGUCUCCCAUCCGGUGUCUUUUAUCUUCUACUUCUUCAUGAAUGGUUUGAUCAUCAACUUUUGCCAUUCGCUAGUUACACAUUGCAAUACAAACGUUUCUCUGUAUUGCGGGGAGGUGACCACCAGAUGCGACCAUGCGGUGGUGACCCUUUUCUGUGUUGCCUUCAUCCUUGUUGACUUCAUCCUUGUUUUUAGCGUUUGUUAGGCUCUGUAGUAAGUACAAGAAAUCCUUCUAUUGCUUCUUGCAAGCAACCUCUUUAAGGUCGUUGAUUUUGCGUCAUUAAUAGCAAAUAUGUUGAUUUCUAAA